CCGGCUGACAGCUGGCCGCCUGCGAGCCCCCCACCCCCGCGGUGCUGCCGACCUGUGGGAGUGUGGCCGUGACUCCUGUCCCCUGCACCCCAGCUGCCCGGGUUCUGUGGGUCCUGGUGCCCCCACUUGGGGAGAGUUAAGGGCAGAUCUGCUGCCUGGAGCCCCGGGGACCUCGGGGGUCCGCUGGGGCGGUGAUAAUCAGGUGCGGGGUGUGUGCCUGGGCUGCUGGCCACGCACACGUUGGUGCUGCGUGUGACACGGUGCUCAGUGGCCCUGGGGUACGUCGGGAUGGAGUUUGGGAAAAGGAAAAGUAACCCCACUCUGAAGGAGAGAGCGCGGGGAGAAGAGGAAGGCUGUGGGAGGGCUUUGAAAAGUCUAGCAAGAAAUUUAAACAUGGCUCAAGCUCGCCGAGCGGGGGCGAGCAGGGGAGUUUGGGACGGCCCCUGGCCCAGUGCACACCUGCCCCAGCCUCGGAUGCUGGGUACCUGGCCCCAGCCCCAGUGCCCUCCUUUGUUGUCCCUGGCUGAAGCCCCUGGCUGGGCAAGUGGGCAGAAGGGAUCAGAUGAGGUCAAGUGUGACAGUGCCUCGGAACUUAACGGGCCCGCCAUUGCCAAGGGCUGUUGCUGUCGGGCGGGACGGCUCGGCUGGGAGGAACCCUCACCCCACCCCUUGUGGAGAGUCUGCAGGACCAGGUCACCUCCAGGCAGGCGUGGGGCUGUGCCGAGGCCGGAGGCUCCUGGAGGGAGUCACCAGACGCUGUUCUUAGCCGAGCGCUCCAGGUCCAUGCAGCCUGGGGGGAGCGCCUGGGACCAGGGUGCGUCCUCUCACCUCCUCUCCGGUAGGGGGCAGCAGUGAGGAGCUAGGGGAGCAAGGGUACACUGAGGCAGGAGAGGGAGGACCAGGGAGGGGACAAGCAGCUCGGACACAGGCCAAGUGCACGGCCAGGAGGAAUGGGGCAGGCCGGGGUGGGCUUUGAGCAGCCUUGGAGGAGAGAGACGGACGUGGUCCUGCCCGCCCCCACCUGCCACCUCUCCCCUCUGCUUCGGUGGUAAGGGAUCUGCUGCUUGGUCCGGAGAGUUUGGGAUAAGCAGACUUGGGACCUUCGAAGGAUUUCCCUCCUGGCCGGAUUUCAGAUUCCUCUCGGGACAGCUGUGCAGAGGGAAGACGGGUGGGGGGGAUCUGCUUUCUCUUCCAUUCGGGCUGCGAACCCACAGGGCUUCGGUGCCCCCCUGCAGGCACCGCCCACAUUGGGGGCCAGAAACGCCUUUGUCAGGGGCUGCUCCGUGCACUGUGGGGAGGUUGGCAGCACCCCGGUCCCCUGCGCGUCUGUUCCCCUCUGCUCUGGUGCCACCGCCCCGAGGGCAGUCCCUGAGGAGCAGAGGCAGCCUCCCCCCCGCCCCGAGAAGUACCCUGCUCCCCUAGUCCUGUUUGUGUGAGGGGGGCAGCCCCUUUCCUGCCUUGCCCUCUGUCCCCGGGUCUCCCCCGGGGCGUGGGUGGAGUGGGUGUGGGUGGUGUGGGCGUUUGCCCCAGUCUGAGCCCCUCCCCUCCACUUCCAGUGGACAGAGAGGACAGGACGGGGGCCACCGAGGAGCCCUGUCUGCACCGCUCCCUGGCAGGCGGGAGGGCUGUGGCGUCCUAGAGUGCAUGGUGCAGGCGGAGACGGGCAGCUCCAGCCUCCCUCCCAGCCAGUGACGGAAGCCCUCGUGCCCGCCCCGACGCUGCCCCACUGCCCCCUGCGUCCUGUGCUCGGUCUACCAGGGAUGCACCUCCUCCUGGGGGUCUCCCCUGUCCUUUAGAGGAGCCGGUCACUGCCUCCCAUCAGCCUCUGACCGUGGCCUUCUCUCUGGUUUAUGGACUCUUCCCAGAUGUGAGGGUCCCUCCCGGACACUGCUGAGGCCAGACGGAUAGCCGGCGGCUUGAGGACCCGCGUUCACUCCAGUGCCGGCCCUUUCUGGAGAGAGCCCGGCCCUGCCCUCCCGCUGCCUAGGGGCAAGGCUGCCAGGCGAGGCUGGGCCCAGGCAGCGGGGCUGUGAGCACCGAAGGCGUGCAGCCCCCAGGUCUUGCCCACCUGAACUCUUGGUUAACUCAUGGUGUGUGCGGCCACGUGGCUGGCGUAGGUGUUUGGAGCGUGAAGCCCGGGUCCUCGCUCGUCACUCACCCCUGACCUCCAGGAGCCACGCCCAGCCCCAGCAUGGCGGCGGAGACGCUCAACUUCGGGCCUGAGUGGCUCAGGGCCCUUUCCAGCGGCGGCAGUGUGGCCUCCCCGCCCGCCUCCCCCGCCAUGCCCAAGUACAAGCUGGCUGACUACCGCUAUGGGCGCGAGGAGAUGCUGGCCCUCUACGUCAAGGAGAACAAGGUCCCUGAGGAGCUGCAGGACAAGGAGUUUGCCGCGGUGCUGCAGGAGGAGCCACUGCAGCCGCUGGCGCUGGAGCCGCUGACGGAGGAGGAGCAGAGAAACUUCUCCCUGUCAGUGAACAGCGUGGCUGUGCUGAGGCUGCUGGGAAAAGGGGCUGGCCCCCCGCUGGCCAGCAGCUCCCGUGGCCGGGGCAGCUCGCGGAGCCGAGGCCGUGGCCGGGGUGACAGCUGCUUUUACCAAAGAAGCAUCGAAGAAGGGGAGGGGGCCUUUGGACGGAACCCCCGGGAGAUCCAGCGCAGCCAGAGCUGGGAUGACAGAGGUGAGAGGCGGUUUGAGAAGUCAGCAAGGAGGGACGGAGCGCGAUCCGGGUUUGAGGAAGGCGGGGCCGGCCCGAGGAAGGAGCACGCUCGCUCGGACAGUGAGAACUGGCGCUCUCUGCGCGAGGAGCAGGAGGAGGAGGAGGAGGGCAGCUGGAGGCUCGGGGCCGGUCCCCGGCGGGACGGCGAUCGCUGGCGCUGCACCAGCCCUGAUGGCGGCCCUCGCUCUGCUGGCUGGCGGGAGCACGGCGAGCGGCGGCGCAAAUUUGAGUUCGAUUUGCGAGGCGGGGAUCGAGGAAGCUGCAGUGAAGAGGAGGGGCGGGGCGGGGGAGGCGCCUCCCACCUCCGGCGGGGCCGCGGGCCUGAGGGCUUUGAGGACGACAAGGACGGGCUUCCCGAGUGGUGCCUGGACGAUGAGGAGGAGGAGAUGGGCACCUUCGACGCCUCUGGGGCCUUCUUGCCUCUCAAGAAGGGCCCCAAGGAGCCCAUUCCGGAGGAGCAGGAGCUUGACUUCCAGGGUCUGGAGGAAGAGGAGGAGGAGCCUUCAGAAGGGCUGGAGGAGGAGGGGCCUGAGGCAGGUGGGAAGGAGCUGACCCCGCUCCCUCUGCAGGAGGACAAGUCCAGCUCCCCGUCCCCUCUGGCCACCUUGGGCCCACUCUGGGGAGCCAAUGGAGAUGGGGAAGAAGCUGUGGAGAAAGAGCUUCCGGCUGCUGAAGGGGAUGAGAUGAGGGGAAUCCCGCUGAGUCCUGGGGGGGCCUCACCCCCUGGCCCGCCUGGAGAUCUGGAGGAUGAAGAGGGCUUAAAGCACCUGCAGCAGGAGGCGGAGAAGCUGGUGGCCUCCCUGCAGGACAGCUCCCUGGAAGAGGAGCAGUUCACGGCCGCCAUGCAGACCCAGGGCCUGCGGCACACCGCAGCCGCCACCGCCCUCCCCCUCAGCCACGGCGCCGCCCGCAGGUGGUUCUACAAGGACCCGCAGGGGGAGAUCCAAGGCCCCUUCACGACCCAGGAGAUGGCCGAGUGGUUCCAGGCCGGCUAUUUCUCCAUGUCUCUGCUGGUGAAGCGGGGCUGCGACGAGGGCUUCCAGCCUCUGGGAGAAGUGAUCAAGAUGUGGGGUCGGGUGCCCUUCGCCCCAGGGCCCUCGCCUCCCCCCCUCCUGGGAAACAUGGACCAGGAGCGGCUGAAGAAGCAGCAGGAGCUGGCUGCGGCGGCCUUGUACCAGCAGCUGCAGCACCAGCAGUUUCUGCAGCUGGUUGGCAGCCGCCAGCUCCCGCAGUGCGCGCUCCGGGAAAAGGCAGCUAUGGGCGACCUGACGCCGCCUCCACAGCAGCAGCUCACCACGUUCCUGCAGCAGCUCCAGGCUCUCAAACCCCCCAGGGGUGGGGACCAGAAUCUGCUCCCAACGAUGAGCCGGUCCUUGUCGGUGCCGGAUUCGGGCCCCCUCUGGGACGUACAUACCUCAGCCUCAUCACAGUCAGGUGGUGAGGCCAGUCUUUGGGACAUACCAAUUAACUCUUCGACUCAGGGUCCAAUUCUAGAACAACUCCAACUGCAGCAUAAAUUCCAGGAGCGCAGAGAAGUGGAGCUCAGGGCCAAGCGGGAGGAGGAGGAGCGGAAGCGCCGCGAGGAGAAGCGCCGGCAGCAGCAGCAGCAGGAGGAGCAGAAGCGGCGGCAGGAGGAGGAGGAGCUGUACCGGCGCAAGCAGGUGCGGCAACAGGAGCUGCUGCUGAAGCUGCUGCAGCAGCAGCAGGCGGCAGCCGCCGUCUCGGGGCCCCCUGCACCCAGCUCCCCGCCCCCGCUCUGGGCUGGCCUGGCCAAGCAGGGGCUGUCCAUGAAGACGCUGCUGGAGCUGCAGUUGGAAGGCGAGCGGCAGCUGCACAAGCAGCCCUCGCCCAGGGAGUCCUCCCGGGCCCAGGCCCCCAACCACCGCGUGCAGCUUGGGGGCCUGGGCACGGCCCCCCUGAACCAGUGGGUGUCUGAGGCUGGGCCACUGUGGGGCGGGCCCGACAAGAGUGGGGGCAGCAGCGGCAGCGGCAGCCUGGGGCUCUGGGAGGACACCCUGAAGAGCAGUGGGAGCCUGGCCCGCAGCCUGGGCCUGAAGAACAGCCGGAGUAGCCCGUCCCUCAGUGACUCCUACAGCCACCUGUCGGGCCGGCCUGCUCGCAAGAAGACGGAGGAGGAGGAGAAGCUGCUGAAGCUGCUGCAGGGCAUCCCCAGGCCCCAGGACGGCUUCACCCAGUGGUGUGAGCAGAUGCUGCACACGCUCAGCACCACGGGCAGCCUGGACGUGCCCAUGGCUGUGGCGAUCCUCAAAGAGGUGGAAUCCCCCUAUGACGUCCAUGAUUAUAUCCGUUCCUGCCUGGGGGACACGCUGGAAGCCAAAGAAUUUGCCAAACAGUUCCUGGAGCGAAGGGCCAAGCAGAAAGCCAGCCAGCAGCGGCAGCAGCAGCAGCAGGAGGCCUGGCUGAGCAGUGCCUCCCUGCACACGGCCUUCCAGACCAACCACAGCACCAAACUCGGCCCCGGCGAGGGCAGCAAGGCCAAGAGGCGGGCGCUCAUGCUGCACUCAGACCCCAGCAUCUUGGGUGAGCCGGGGCCGGGGCCGGGGCCGGGCAGGACAGGAGCUGUGCUUCGUUUGCCCGGGGCAGGAGGGGCCUGGCGGAGCUCAAACCCAGCUUCUCCCCGGCUUCAGGGUACUCCCUGCAUGGAUCUUCUGGUGAGAUCGAGAGCGUGGACGACUACUGAGCAGCCCGUCCCACCAGCCCCCGGGGCUGCAGGCGCAGCUUGGACCCGAGGGUCCCCAGCCUGCAGGCUCCUCACAGGAGCGUAGGAGGCAGCAGGGGCAGGGUCCCCAGCACUUGUUACAAACCACACGAUGCACCUUAACUCACCCACCACGAGGCACUUUACAGAUUGGGGGAGGGGUUUUUGUUUUCUGUUUUUUAUUUUAAACGACGUUGAAGAAAAUGUUAGGAGAGACAAAAAACAUCGUGAAAAAUGAGACUCUGAAACACCCUGUCCCCUUUUGGGGAUAGUGGGCGUGACAAUGGAAGGUCCACAGAGGUGUGUUUGUUUUUUGUUUUUGUUUUUUUGUGUGGUUUUUUUUUUUGUUGUUUUUUAAGAAAAAAAGAAAAAUAAUGAAAAAAAAGUGGUUAGGAGGCUGAAAGGAAAACACACUGUUAUUCUGGGGCAGUGAGGACAAAGGCCCCAUGGCUGCACUUCCCCUCCUGCCCCCAGAAGGUGGGCCGUGGGGUAACUGGAAGCUGGAGUGCCAGCAGUUUGCACAGCGAGGCCCCCUCGGAGCCCCGCCCGCCGGACCCGCUGUGAACAGCUCGAUGCUGUGUCCGUGGCCGACCGUGGCCAGGGCGUCCCGGGUGGGGGCCGCAGUCACCCCUUGGCUUUGCUGCUUCGGGGAGAGUUGCACAAGUUGGACACGCCGCCCGGCUCCCAGGCCGCCCUCCCGCACCGGCUGGCAGGGCAGUGGGGAAGAGCUGUGCGGGCUGGGACUGGCGGCGGGACGCGGGAUGGACUGGCCCUGCCGAGGGGCUUCCCCCACCGCUGCCAUUUGGGGGACGGCCUGGGUGUGAGGCGGAUCGCCCCAGCUCCUGCCUCGGCGCAUGAAUGUAUUCUCUGGGCCCCAAGCCCCUGCCUCACCCCUGCGAGCGACUGGCCAGGAGCUGGAGAGAGCACCACCGAGCCGCACAGACUGAAGGGCAGGGAGUGGGCGGGCGGCUGGGGGCUGCGGCACUGGGCGCUGGGCAUGCUCGCGAGGAAGCGCCCGAGCUGCAGCGUGCCCUGUGGCCUGUGGACCCCCCAGCCCUGCGCCUGGCCCCUCUGUUGACCAAAUGGGAGAGGAGUGAGUGGCUUCUCCCCUCGAUGCGUUUUUUUAAUGUUAGGUAAGGUUGGGGUCGAGGACGGAAGUGGGCGUCUCUCCUGGGGUUGGGGGAGGCCGCCCUUCUGUCGCUCCUUUGGAUUCCCGAUGCCCUACCUGGGGUGUCGCCAUCUUUCUUGGUUUCUUAGUUCAUCUUUUGGAUUUCUCACCUGACUUCUCCCGGUGACCUCAUCGCUGAGCGCAGUAUUAGGGCGGGACUCUGCCGCUGCCUCCCCUCCAUGAAUGUAUUUCCCCUUCCUGCCUGGGGAAGCAGGGAGCUGCCCCGGGCUCUUCUCCCAUCUCUCCUCAGUGAGACGGCUUUUCUUUUCUUUUUUCUUUUUUUUUUUGCACCAAAGUGGCAGCCAGGUCAGUGUUGGGGGACAAAGCUGGCCUCGGGGUGGAAGGGCUCCUCCACCUGCUGCGCCCUGGUCUCGACAGUGUUAGCGUCUGUGAAAAGACAAUAUUCUCUCUAAAGCAAUAAGGGGGUGACGGGCCAGGGGGAAAAUGUCUUGCUGCUGCUGGCCCCCCAGCUCCCACUGCCCUCUGGCCUAUGUGCGGUGGCUUAGAGGUGUGGGAGGAGACUCCUGUUGUGACUGAAUGUAACGCCCCUGCCCCUGCCCCAGCCAAUGCAGGGGAAGGGGGGGCUCUUCCUGUCUCUUCCUGCCCCUUCCCCCCUCAGCUAAAGAGACUUUGAACUUAGGGGGCCCCUGAGCCUGGAGAGGCCUUAACCCUGUGAGGAAGUAUAGGGGGAGCCCUCUCCCACCCCUAUCCCCUUCUGAGAGUGGUCAAUGUUUACAAGCCCUGAGCUCCCCAGCCCAAGGGCUCAGACCCCCCUGCUGACCUUUCCUAGCCCAUCUUCCUGGGCCCUGGCUGCUCCCCCACCCUGCAGGGGUUCGGGUUGGGGCAGGGCUCUACCUGUUACUCCCUCGUCUGCCUUGUCCCCAGUCUCCCCCACUUCCACCCUGUGUGACCCCCUUUUCCUUUACCUGCCCCUGUAAAUACCCCUUUCUCCCAAUAAAACUCGGUGUGUUCUCGUCUGCCUGGGCUGCUGUCUUAUUGG